AUGUUCAAACUUCUGCUGAUCGCUGCUGUUUUGACCCCGGCCGUCCUGGGACUGACCCCGGUUCGCCAGUGUCCCAACGGAGCUGGCCUGCCCCAGUCGGUGGACAUCAACGGAUGUACUGGAUCGCCCUGUCCCAUUGUCAACGGUCAACCGCUGUUGGCCCAUGCCGUCGGAAUCACCAGCCCAGUGGCCACCAAUGGCCUCGAAGCUUACAUCAUCAUCCGUCUGGCCGGUCUGCAGAUUCCAUUCCCGAUGCCCGACGGACUGGAGGAUGCUUGCGCAAAUGGAACCCCGGCUGGAACUUGCCCCGUGUCCGCUGGACAGACCUUCGACUACAAUCUGGACUUCGAGGGCCAGGUCCUGCAGCUAAGCGGAGUUACCGUCCAGGUCGAGGUCGGUCUGCGUGCCGACGAUGGUUCGGAUGUGACUUGCGUGGCUUUCGAUGCCGCUAUUGUCGAUGGUUGA